AUGGCAAACUCGGCCAAGGUGAGUGCGAACGAUCCCGACUCGUUUGUCAACACGGUCCUCGCGCGCGAGGAGCCUCUUCCCCCAUUCCAAUGGAAGAAUGUCCUCUCUGAGAUCCAGUGGAUCUCGUUCCUGGCGCUGACGCUCACGCCACUCAUCGCGCUGUACGGUCUGCUGACGUGCCCGCUGCAGCCACGCACGCUCGCGUGGGCUGUGGCCUACUACUUCCUGACCGGCUUGGGCAUCACGGGCGGCUACCACCGCCUGUGGUCGCACCGCGCCUACACCGCUUCCGCGCCCCUCCAGGCCUUUUUGAUCUGCAUGGGCUCGGGCGCGGUCCAGGGCUCGGCCCACUGGUGGGCACGUGGCCACCGCUCGCACCACCGGUACACCGACACGGACCUGGACCCGUACGGCGCGCACACCGGCCUCGCCUGGGCGCACAUGGGCUGGAUGGUUGUCAAGCCCCGCCGCAAGCCGGGUCCGGUCGACACGUCCGACCUGAAGAAAAACAAGUUUAUCCAGUUCCAGCACAAGUUUUACCUCCCCAUGAUCCUCUUUUGGGGCUUUGUUUUCCCCACGCUCGUCGCCGGCCUCGGCUGGGGCGACUGGGCAGGCGGCUACUACUUUGCCGGCGUCGCGCGCCUUGUAUUUGUGCACCACUCGACGUUCUGCAUCAACUCGCUCGCGCACUACCUCGGUGAGGCGUCGUUUGAUGCGCGCCACUCGCCCCGCGACAACUUCAUCACGGCGCUUGCGACGAUCGGCGAGGGUUACCACAACUUCCACCACGAGUUCCCGAUGGACUUCCGGAAUGCCGUGCGCUGGUACCAGUACGACCCCACCAAGUGGUUCAUCUGGGGCAUGAGCAAGAUCGGCCUUGCGUCAAACCUGAAAAUCUUCCCCGAUAAUGAAGUGCGCAAGGGCCGCCUCGCCAUGCAGCUGCGCGAGGCCCACGAGCAGGCUCGCCAGCUCGAGUGGGCGCGCGCGGCCGAGAACCUGCCGGUGCUCACCUGGGACGACUUUGAGGCCGAGGCCAAGACGCGGCCGCUCGUCGCGAUCCACGGCUUUAUCCACGACGUGUCCAAGUUUAUGGACGAGCACCCCGGCGGCCGCGCGCUCAUCCAGACGCGUAUCGGCCGCGAUGCGACCACCGCAUUCGAGGGUGGCGUGUACGAGCAUUCGAACGCAGCGCACAACCUCUUGUCCAUGAUGCGUGUCGGCGUCCUGUCGGGCGGCUACGAGCCGGCCAAGGUGUGGCCCGCCAAGACCAUGCGCGGCAGUGCCAUGGCCUCUUCCGAGACGCCGGAAGCGACCUCGGCCUCAUCCUCGAGCGAGAGCGACCUGGCCGAGCUGCAUGAGCAUGUGGCGCCUACACGCGACCUGGAUGGCCAAGGCGCACUGCGCAAGCGCAGUGGCGCCGGCGAUGGCAUCACCAGCGACUCGGCGACAUACAUCCCCCCGGGUGAGGCCUACCGCGUUGUUGAGCGCCGCAAGCUCGAGGACAAUGUCAAAGUCCGGAAUACACGCUACGGCAAACUGCUUUAG